AGAGGUUCAUGAAAAGAAACAAUUGUUGGUGUUUUAUAUUCAAAUUAUCUGGCAACCACUCCCAGUGAAGGGUCCAGUUUCCGGUGGCACCCACCGCCGCUGCUUUGGAUCCCUCUUCUACUUUAAUCCGUCUAGGGUUCCGUUUUUGUGGAUUUCCUUUUUUCGGUUUGAUUUUGUUUCAAUUCUCCGGUGGUUCAGCAUUUUUGCGGCUGGAUUAACUGCUCUGAUUAGCUUUGGUAUAAUUUGUGGAUGGGAUCGAAGCCGUGGCUGUAUCCGGCGCCGGCCUACCGAAAUUUGGAAAGCUUCUGGGACACUGAUGACGACGCGCCGGGGCCGCGCUGUGGUCAUACCCUCACCGCCGUCGCCGCCACUAAAACCCAGGGACCCCGCCUCAUUCUGUUCGGCGGCGCUACCGCAAUUGAGAGCGGCAGCGGAGGCGCUCCUGGCAUUCGGCUAGCUGGAGUGACGAAUUGUAUUCAUUCGUACGAUGUUCUUACUAGAAAAUGGACCAGACUUCGACCAGCGGGUGAGCCACCAUCGCCUAGGGCUGCACACGCGGCAGCAGCUGUUGGCAGCAUGGUGGUGUUUCAGGGUGGCAUAGGUCCUGCAGGGCAUUCAACAGACGACCUGUAUGUGCUCGAUCUGACAAAUGACAAGUUUAAGUGGCAUCGAGUUGUAGUUCAAGGACAGGGCCCGGGGCCUAGAUACGGCCAUGUCAUGGACUUGGUUGCACAGCGAUAUCUUGUUACUGUUAGUGGCAAUGAUGGUAAAAGAGUGUUAUCAGAUGCUUGGGUUUUGGACACUGCACAGAAACCAUAUGUGUGGCAGAGGCUUAAUCCAGAAGGCGAUAGACCUUCUGCUAGAAUGUAAGUUAUCUAAUUGAAU